GCCGUUACACUGGCUCUCUAUGCGGACACGUGCGCGGUCCUCUCUCUCUCUCCUCUCUUUGGGUGAUGCAGUCAGAGAUUCCAGCGCUCGCGCUGUCACCAACAGGACCCCCAACUGAUAAAACUGCUUGGGAAAAAUACAAAAUUGUCUUUUUUAACGACAACCGAGGACAUAUUUUGUUUUUUGUCUCUGUUUUGGGGCAUCUCUUCGUUGAGGCAGAUGACAAGGAGAGUUUCUGAGGGUGUACUAUGGAUGAGCAAGCCAAGAAAAGCGGCUGAGGAUUUGAAACAGUUUGGGUGAAACUGUUAGGCUGCCGUUAAAAGGGAGGUUAGCGCACUUCUCGACGACAUCACAGAGGCAACAGGCAUGACUUUACAGUAGCAGUUGAAAAGCAAAUAUCAACCUGCAUGCAUCUGCCUCUCUGCUUUUUACUCGGUAAUAUAAUUUCCAGUUGAAGAACGCAUUUUAUUCGGAUAAAGAUGGCUCACCUAAUACGACACAAGCUCACCAACAAGCUGACCAAUGCGGCCCACACGGUGUCCAACAAAUCUCAGGCCAAGGUCAGCGGGGUGUUCGCCCGGAUGGGCUUCCAGGCCGCGACGGACGAGGAGGGCUUGGGUUUCGCCGAGUGCGAUGACUUGGAUUAUGACUACAGGCAAGGGAUGCAAAUGGAUGUCCUCCAGGGAGAAGAAGAAGGAGGACACACGGAGGGAGAGGGGGAGCUGGAGGGGGACAGCCACUAUCAGAGAGACGGCACCGGUCGGAGGCCCUCGUCCCUGAAGACAGGUGGAUCGCUGGAUGAGGAUAAGCCUAAAAUCACGUCAUGGGAAGCUGGCUGGAACGUCACCAACGCCAUUCAGGGCAUGUUCGUCCUCGGCCUGCCGUACGCCAUCCUCCACGGCGGCUACCUCGGCCUCUUCCUCAUUAUCUUCGCGGCUGUGGUGUGCUGCUACACCGGCAAAAUCCUCAUCGCGUGUCUGUACGAGGAGAAUGAGGACGGCAUCAAAGUGCGCGUGAGGGACUCCUACGUGGACGUCGCCAAUGCCUGCUGCGCGCCCCGCUUCCCAGCGCUGGGCGGACACGUGGUGAACGUGGCUCAGAUUAUCGAGCUGGUCAUGACCUGUAUUCUUUACGUUGUGGUCAGCGGCAACCUGAUGUACAACAGUUUCCCGGGGUUUCCCGUCUCCCAGAAAGCUUGGUCUGUGGUGGCCACCGUCGCGCUCCUGCCUUGCGCGUUCCUGAAGAACCUCAAGGCCGUGUCCAAGUUCAGCUUGCUCUGCACUCUGGCGCACUUCGUCAUCAACGUCCUCGUGAUUGCCUACUGUCUCUCCAGGGCGCGUGAGUGGGCCUGGGAGAAGGUCAAGUUUUAUAUCGAUGUAAAGAAAUUCCCCAUUUCAAUCGGCAUCAUCGUGUUCAGCUACACCUCUCAGAUCUUCCUCCCCUCCCUGGAGGGAAACAUGCAGAAGCCCAGCGAGUUCCACUGCAUGAUGGAGUGGACUCACAUCGCAGCCUGCGUCCUCAAGGGCCUCUUCGCCCUGGUGGCCUACUUGACUUGGGCAGACGCCACCAAAGAGGUCAUCACGGAUAACCUGCCUUCAACCAUCCGGGCUGUGGUGAACAUCUUCCUCGUCGCCAAAGCGCUGUUAUCUUACCCACUGCCGUUCUUUGCUGCAGUUGAAGUUAUGGAGAAAUCCUUUUUCCAGGAUGGCGGGAGAGCGUUCUUCCCGGACUGCUACGGCCCGGGUGGGCAGUUGAAAUCAUGGGGUCUGGGCCUUCGAAUUGGCCUGGUAGUCUUCACCUUGCUUAUGGCCGUCUUUGUCCCCCAUUUCGCCCUCCUCAUGGGUUUAACUGGGAGCCUCACCGGCGCUGGCCUGUGCUUCCUCUUGCCAAGCCUCUUCCACCUGAAGCUCCAGUGGAGGAAUCUCCUGUGGCACCACGUCUUCUUCGACGUUGCCAUUUUUGUUAUUGGAGGCAUAUGCGCCAUAUCUGGCUUAAUCCACUCGAUUGAAGGGCUCAUAGAGGCGUUCAAGUACAAUAUCCACGACUGAGAGCUUCAGAGGUGACCUUUAUUGAAUGAUGAUGUCCUAAAAUGCCGCACUCCGGCAGGUUGUCAUGGCGCAGACCUUAUCAAAACAUCACGUUGACCACUUGACAUAUAAGCCCAUGAGGAGGAUUAUUUGUGUGAAAUGUACAUCUUUUUAUUUUGCCUUCGUGAUAAUGUGCAAUAAUAAACUCUACAAUCAUA